GGUUCCACCCAGCAACAGGCCCACGCCCACCUCGAGCGGAGACAGUCGGCAUACGAAGUGGCACGAAAACACAAACCGCGUCGACAGAUGAGGAAGGUGAAUUGGGUCAAAGUUCCCCGGAGUGUUGCCACGAAACCGACGGCACUUUGGCACCCGUCGACGAAAGACGACGAGAAGGUGGAGCCAAGGGUGUCGGUUGACAUGGAAACGGUUGAAGAUCUGUUUUCGAGGGCUGAGGUGGUGAAAAAGGCGAAGGGAGGAGGAGAGGAAGAGGUUGCCGCGAGACCGAAAGUCAUUUCUCUACUUGACCAGAAGGCGAGUCUAAACGUCAACAUCUUUUUGAGACAGUUCAAGAGGGAGAACGGGGCGAUCGUGGCUCUAGUACAGGAGGGUGACUCCACACAAAUGGACAUCGACCAGCUGAAGGCUUUGGAGAAACUUCUGCCUGAUUCUGACACUGUAGAGAUGUUGAAGGGAUUCUCGGGAGACUCCAGUAAGCUGGGCCUGGCCGAAGAUUUCUUCCACAAGUUGAUCGCCGUGAAACAAUACCCACUGCGGGUUACAUUCAUGACGCUGACGCUCGAAUUCCGGGACAAGAUGGCUGACCUGCGUCCUGCUAUCGCUGUCCUACAGGACGCGAUUCAGGAGGUGGUGUUGUGCGAAGCCCUACGUGAGGUGUUCUACAUCACCCUUCUCACGGGGAACAUCAUUAACGGGGUAACAAAGGGGUUAAUGGUAAAAUUAAGUUUUUAACCCCUUUCUUCCUCUCUCACAGGGAGGUAGGGCAGGAGAUGCCUAUGGGUUCACAGUGUCAUCUCUCAACAAGCUGAAGGACACCAGAGCUAAUAAACCACGGAUGUCGCUUAUCCAUUACAUCACUCAGAUUUGUGAGGAGCAAGAUCCUCAGCUCCUGAAGCUGAUGGACCAUCUUCCUCACCUCGAGGGCGGCGCUAAGCUAUCCCAAGACUACCUGACCCAACAGAUCAAAGAACUGGCGACAAAAAUUAAAGACUUGGAGAAGAAAUGCAAGAAGGCCCCAGACGACAUGAAAUCGAAAGUGACCGCCUUCGUCAAAGACGCACAUCGAGGUCUCGACGAGUUGAGCGAAGGUUUGAAGAAUAUCGAGAAACAAGUGAAGGAGAUCGCAGAUUACUUCUGCGAAGACCCGAAGAAGUUAAAAAUUGAGGAGUUGUUUUCUGAACUCCUGGCGUUUGUCAGGACUUACGAAGCAGCUGUCGAGGAAAACCACCAGAGAGUGUUGUUGGAAGAGAAACGACGCAAGCGAGAAGAAGCCAGAAAGGUGGCCGCGGAGAAGAAAGCCGCAAAAGCUGCGGCUGCUGGCGAAGCCUUGCAACAGCAACCAGCCGAAGAGGAAGAAGGUUGCAUCAUUGACAACCUCAUGAAGGAAAUACGUUCGGGGACGACACUGAGACCGAUGCAGAGAAAGCCAACCGUGAGAGCUCCGAAACUUUCGGCCAAGGAAAUGGAGAAGCUGAAGAAGAUAGCGGCAACGGUGGUGGAUGACUCCGCCCACCAAUCAGUGGAGAGAGCGCCAGGCGGAGGUGGGGAGGAGGGGACGAGGGGAAAAGAAGUUCAGGAGAAUAAGUCGGCAAAUGAGGGAGCGGCUGAGAUACCUGCACAGAAACCACACCCACAGCCACACCCACUAGCCGAAGCCAGAACACCCAUCGUUAAUGGUGAUGAACCGGCAUUGGAGGUUGUUGCCAAAGAGACAACUGUUGCCAACUGUGACGGUGACGGACCUUCUGUUGCCAAGGAAACGCCUGUAGUCAAUGACUACAAGCUGUCGCAGGAAGUUGCCAAGGAUACCAUUGUUGUCAAUGGGAAUGGACACUCAUAUGAAGUUGUCAAGGAAACCGCUGGGAGCAAAAAUGCUCCACCCUCAGGGACCAUUUCCACGGAAACACCGGUUGUCAACGGCAACGAACCAUCAUUGGAGGUUGGAGCGAAUGCCACAAAGUCAGCCAUUGCCGGGAAAGGUGUGGCCCAACCAUCAGUGGAGGGAGAGGUGGGUGUGGGGGAGGAAGGGAGGAGGGGAGAGGAGCUGGAGAGAUCACUCAGUCCUCUGGAGAGACGGCUGAGGGACUCCUGCAGUCCUGUCACCGGGCAGGAUGUGGUUCAACAGGUUCAAGACAUGCUCAACUACUCCAGUGUGGAACAUGGUAUCACUGUCGUGUCGUCCCUAGCAACCCUCGUCAUGCCUCCCCUCAGUGACUCCUUUGACCAGCUGGGCCAGGAGAUGAACCAAACGGCUGCGUCUUUCAAGACAGACACACCGGAGCCGACGGCAGCAAGGGGAGGGGGCGUGGUUAAGGUGGAGUCAAAACCUCACACAAAGAAGGUUUCCGUGAUGAAGUCAAUGUCCAAGAAAUGGAGGAAGAAAUCCAAAAAGAAGCGCGAAUCGUCGGACCUCUAAUACAUUAUCAGACACUUAAUUUUUUGGGAUUUUGCAUGCGGCCCAUCCAUUUUUCUUUUUCUUAUUUUAGUCACAAAAUGUGUUGUCUACGAUUAAUAUUAUUAUUUUAUUGGCUACUUGAUUACAUUAUUGUCGGGAGCUAGCUGUUAGUUGCACAAAUUGUUUUCAACUUGCAUGCAAUUAUGGCAUGAGCAUUUACCAUGACGAUAAUAAUAAUAAUACAAGGUCUAAGCAUAAUCGCACAAACAAAAAAAA